AUGGACUCCGACGAAGAGGAGAUGAAAGCCAUGCGGGCGUCGAAUCGCUACUCCGGUCCCACACGGAAGGCCCCAAAACCCGAGGAGACUUCGACAAGCAUGGGGGAGACGAGCAGUUUCCCUUCCCAGAUGGGAGGCGAUGGCUCCGACACCGAGAUGCCUAUGGAGAUGCAAGAGCUGAAGGGCUUUAACAUGCCUCUGUCCUUUGGAAAGCAGAAGCCCGUAAAGACUGUCGGCCCGGAAGCACACAACGCCACGCAGCGGGCGCAGAAAGGAGCUCGAGGGCAGGAGAAAGCCGCAAAGCCUGGAGGCGUGCAGUUUGGUCACCGGGCAAAGGAUGCAGCCUCUGUUGCCGGCGCCACCGCCCGGCUGCAUAAGGCAGCUAUAGAGGCGGCAGAGGCGGAGGAGGCCGAAGACAAAGAGGACGACAUUCCAACGGGGCCCCUCGUCACCUCAAAGCAGCGUGCCCCGGCACCGGUUGAAGAGCCCGAUGAGCUCCCGGAGCCCGGAAAGGAGAAUGAACUUCUGCCCGUCAGCCAUGAGGUGAACAUUCCAUGCCAUGACAAGGCAGUGACGGCUGUGGGCCUGGAUCCUAAGGGCUCUCGGAUGAUAGCAGGAAGCAUGGACGGCAUGUUCAAGUUCUUCGACUUCCAUGGCAUGUCUGAGGCCAAAGAGUCUUUCCGGAGCCUGGAACCUGUGGAGGGGAAGAUGGCCCAUGCCAUCUCCUUCAGCACCACUGGAGGGCAGGUCUUGGUGGUCAAUGCAGACAUCCAUGCCCGUAUCUACGACCGUGAUGGCUCUACCAAGCUCAUCCAGCAGACAGUUCAGGGUGACAUGUACGUCCGUCAGAUGGAGCACACUAAAGGCCAUACGCAGGUUCUGACUUCGGGCAUGUGGCACCCCUUCAGGAGCGAGUUGUUUCUGACAGCCUCUCUGGAUGGCACUAUGCGGAUGUGGGACAUGACUGCAGAUCCUGUCGGCAUGGACCAAGAAUUACCCUCCGUCCACGUGCUCAAGACGGUGGACCGUCGUAAUGUUUGCGUGGGCGGAGGAUCUGGAAAAACGGGGGGCCUUUACCCCACGUGCUGUGUCUACUCGCCCACCGAUGCGAAGAAGAUUGUCGGUGGUUGCAGUGACGGGUCAGUUCAGCUCUUCUUUGACAAGGCACGCUUCAUGCGACCGGACAGGAUCCUCCGGAGUGCCCACACAGAACCUCUCACAGAUGUGGGCUUCAUACCGGAGGGCAGCGAGAGCAACCUCCUUGUGACUCGGUCACUGGACAACUCCAUGAAAGUCUGGGACUGCCGGAUGCUCUCAGAUGCCAAGGGCCCUGUGAAGGUCUUCGAUGACUUGCGAACAGCACACGAGAAGACCGGCAUCUGCACGUCGCCAGACGGGCGCUACUUGGUGACGGGCACUUCCCUUGCCAAGGGGGCUUUAGGCUCCGCAACCCUGCGAAUCUACGACGUGAAGACCUUUGGUUUAGUGAAGAGCCUGGACUUCGGCAAGAAGUCGCCACUCCGGGUGGUGUGGCAGAAAGACUUGAACCAGCUCGUCGUUACCACAACCGUUGGCGAAGUGUUCAUGCUCUACAGCCCUUUCUCUUCCAGGAAAGGUGCGCUUCACUUCGUGGGACGAAAGGCCAAGACCAAGUCCGUGUACAGUAGCAUCGAAGAGGAUGGACAGGGUUCCGGUCCAAUCUUCAACAUGACAGACCCGGCAGAAAUGCAGCGCUUCUACCAGACAGGGCAUGGCGACAUGUAUAAGAUUCGGCGAGGAGAAGCUAGAAAGGUGAACAAGAACAUGACGCCAACAAGGCCCGACGAAGCGGGAACGAAGAUGCCAGAUCAAAAGUUCGGCGACUUUGCUGCCUUGGCCAUCAAGGCAGGCGCGCAGACGCUGCACUUGAACAACACUCGCGUCACAGACACAGACUCCCAGAAGGCUCUUCUGGAGUACCAGGACAAGAUCUCAGCAGAUGCGGCGAAGACCUCACUGGUUGAUCGCGCGUAUUCGAGCAACCAGCCCACGAAGAUCUUGGACUGGUCCGAAGAGCAAUCGGAGGGUGACAAGCGCAUGAUGUUAGCCAUGAAAGGGGAGUUCUGCCGGAAGUGCGGCAUGAAGAACUGCCGCUGCGUGGACUACUCCAGAUACGGUGAAGGGUCGAAGAAGCAGCGCAUAGCGUAG